GAGUUGAGUGAGAGGAGCCGCCAGUAGGAGCCUGCUUGAGAAACACUAGAGAUUUUGCUUGAGAUGUUUGAGAUUGGCAAUAUUUUUCAAUAAGAUUUAAUAUACCUAACGGAAAGGGAAAAUUAUAAGUUUGAUGUACAUUUCUGAAUUGUCAUCAAAGAGCAAAUUAAAAUCAAUAGACAUAAAAAAUUUCUAAACGUGCCAAACGUCGUUGUCAUUCUGACAUUUUGAUCGCAUCGCAAUUUUUGCUCAUUCGCUCAAGGUUGUGUAUUCAAUCAUCUGUUCGGCCGAUCAAUAUCGACUUUAUCAAGUUAUAAAAAAUACAUAAGCAACUACAAAUGUUGCUAACGAGGCCGGCAAUUAUCCGUGGUAUUUGUGCAUUCAGCAAGCAAACUUCGUGCCGGACGCUGCACUCGACUCAAAUAGCAAUGGCACCUAUCAAGGUGGGCGAUAGUAUCCCGAAAGCGGAUUUGUUUGAGGAUUCGCCGGCGAACAAAGUGAAUAUAUGUGAGCUGACUUCUGGGAAGAAAGUGGUGUUGUUUGCGGUUCCCGGGGCGUUUACACCGGGGUGCUCGAAGACACAUUUGCCAGGCUACGUGCAGAAUGCUGACAAGCUAAAGAGCGAGGGAGUGGCAGAGAUUGUGUGCGUGUCUGUCAAUGACCCCUAUGUGAUGGCAGCCUGGGGGGCUCAGCACAAUACUAAGGGAAAGAUUCGUAUGUUGGCUGACCCCAGUGGUAGCUGGAUAAAAAUGCUAGACCUCGGUACCAAUCUGCCUCCUCUUGGUGGAUUCCGUUCCAAGCGGUUUUCUAUGAUCAUCAACGACACUAAAGUGGAAGAGUUGAAUGUAGAGCCUGAUGGCACGGGGCUUUCAUGUUCACUUGCAGACAAACUGAAAGUCAAAAAGUAAAGGAUAUCCCCAUGUGAUUGUUAGCCUUAAGCUCACCGCUCCCUUUCAACAAAAAAAUUACAUUGGAAAAGAUUCUUAAGUUUCAACUCUGUAAAUAGAAUUUACAGUGGCAUUUAAAGCUCCUACAAUUUUUAGAAUAUAUCCCAGUGUCUGAAAGUACAAUUGCUAGAGCUUAGUUGGAUGGUGGUUUGCUAUCAACAUUGGCAAGUCAAUGUGACUGGCUGGAUGUUUCAAGGUCUAAUCUAGGUGUGAUAAAAUUUUCCACUAAUGUGGCUUGCCUCACAAAACUGAAUGUUAUUCAACAAGUAAUAAAUGUCAUAAUUACAAAUGGAACUAUAUAAAAUGUUUUCAAGUGAUCCCAAAACGACUAAAAGUAAUAGGUACUCUUUUUAUUGCACCUAUGAGGAGCCUAUGAAAAGAGUUUUAAGUGUACUUGCAGUACGAAAAUACUGUUUUUCGAAUUAGGUAUUAAGAAAAUGAAAAAACUGAGCGAACUAAACUUUUCUAAUAUUUACUUUGGGAUUGUUUUUAUAGGUUUAAUUUUUGUUGAUUGGGCGUGCUUGUUUUUAAAUCUAAUGCAAUCUUUACACGGACCGUAGACUGUGGAAGCACACCCUUGUGAUAUAAAUGGAAUAAUCAUUAUAAAUAUUUAGAUUUA